CUCCAGCGUGCUUCUAUUAUUAAGUUCAAGAUAGCGUUGGUUGCGUCAUAGCGUCGUUCGUGCAGCGUUUUGUAACGUUUUUCCGUUACGUCGAGCCGAUAACAAUACGAAAAUACACUUGAGAUGGCGGGUAAAGCUGACCCAAAGGCGAAAGUCUUGAAAGAGACCACAGAUGAUCAAGUUACCAAGAAGACAAGGUCUUAUCGAAAGUCUCCGUCGAGGGUGGAGGUGCCGCCAAGCCCCACAACUCGUGGUCGCGCCAAGAGCCCUGCCCGAAAUGUUGGAGUUAAAGUUGAUUCGUCGCCGUCGCGCACUAAAAACCUUACAAAGACCCCAGAAAAGAAGAGGCCUCGAGGCAGGCCAAAAUCUCCUGCUAGAAAAUCCCCAGUCUCAAAGUCACCACAGGGAAGGUCACCUAUAAUAAGAACUCAGGGCAGACCAAAGUCCCCAAGCAGAAAGUCUCCUGCUAGAACAAAGUCUCCAAGCAGGAAGUCUCCUUCACGACAGAGAUCUGUGGGAAGAAAGUCUGAAUCUCCCUCACUUCUUAAUUUUGAUUUUUCUCUUAAGAAACCUUCCGAAAAACCGAUACUUGAAGUGCUUAAUUCGGAUUCCGAUGAUGAAGUUGACUCGAAACCAAAGGUUGUUAAGCAGAUGACGCCUGUAAGGAGGUCUUCACGAAUCCGCGAGGUUGAGAGAAUUGUGCAUCUGAGGCCGCCGAUCGCCAAGAUCUCGGAGUUUUCGGACGAGGAUGAUAUGGAAGUCCAGUUAGCUUUCGAACCUCAACAGCAGAAGCCUGAAGAAACAAAGUCAAAAUACUGGCGUUUCGUGGGCGCAAUGCUCGAGAUGGUCAUGACUGCGGUUUUGUUUAUUAGCAUGCUUGUAAUGUGCAACGAGCUGCAGUGCAGUUUUAGUAUCCCUGACCUUAGCAGAUUCAAGCAAUUGGAUACAUUUUUUGACCUUCCUGUUUUCUUAUCUUUUACCGCUUACGUGCUUCUCAUCGCUAUACUGUCUGCGCUGCCGUUCGGUGGCAAAAAAUGUGAGGGUUUGUUAACCAUUCAUGGCAAGUUCCAAUACGUGAUGAACGGAUUAUUCUCUGCAGUCACGAUUUUAUCUGUGGCCAUAGGGCUGGAGUUGAAGGGGAUCCGAGUUAGCGGAUACAUCCAGGAGCAUUUCCUGAAGUUGGGUGUUUCCGGAUUCGUUUUGGCUCUACCUCUAGCAUUCUUCUUGUACUUUAAAACAUUAUUUUCACCGGUAUGUUCCUUGAAGUAUACUGCCCUGCAAAACACUGGAUUGUACAAUUUCUUUUAUGGAAGCGAAGUAAAUCCGAGGAUUUACGGAGUUGUGGAUGUGAAAAUGCUUUUGCACAGAGUCAGCUUUAUUUCGAUUCUGCUGUUGGCCAGUAGUUUUAUCUACGAAAGCUUGGAAUGCGACGAUCUGGUCGAUUGGAGUUUGAAGGGCGUUUUAGAUGUUUGGUAUACUUUGAAGUUCAACAGCAGCGUUAUGACAGUUUGCAUCAUGAUCAUCGUGAACAGUUUGGAUUCUCUGAUAUUCGAGCAUACCUUGCUCUCUUCCAAGGAAGUCCAGUAUGAGAGUGUUGGUUACAGGAAGUGCUUGGAGUCGUUCUGCUUCAUUUUCCUGUACUCCAUGAUUCCCAAGUUCGUUCUUGACUAUGGAAUUCAAUCGACAUGGUAUAAAUGUUUGGCCUGCGGAAUAUUUUUCCUGGCUGGCUACAUAAUAUAUAGAGGAAGUAAUUCCCAAAAGCAUGCCUUUAGACAGAAUCCAUACAGCCCAUCCAUUUCGCAUCUGAAUAGCAUUCCCACCAACAUGGGGAAGAGCUUGAUUUGCUCGAGCUACUGGGGCGUUGUUCGUCAUCCCAACUAUACGGGUGACAUCAUGAUGAACCUGAGUUUGUUACCAUUCGUGUGUUGUUAUCCACCAUGUAUAGUGAUAUACACCGUCGUUCUGUUUUUGGUGCAAAGGGCGUACGAUGACAAUAAGCGCUGCAAAGACAGAUACGGCCCAGCGUGGGAUCGAUACUGCCAAAAGGUCAAAUACGUAUUGAUACCAAAAGUAUAUUAAGUAGCAACAUUAGAAUACCGAUGUGCCUUAAAGCCUGUUUAAAGUCGGUCGAAUUCGCUUGCGUUAUCAACGCGCAAAGCAAAUGCAAUCGCCGAGGUCUGCUGUGUCAAAGGGCAAAAACGGCUGGUCACGAGAAUC